UUUAUAUGAACAUAUUGGAAUAUUGACAAUCAGACCACAUCAGACUUCAAAUUAUUGCUUUUAUUUACUUUUAAUAAAAUAUUCAAUAAAAAAAAACGGAACGGAAAAAUAACAAAAUUUUCAUAUGCGAAGCAUAUUCUGCACAGAUUUUAAACCCAAAUUCGGAGGAAACUGCUUUCAAACGCAAGAAGAAUUGCGAAUUCUGCUAAACUGCAAAUCGUUUCAGCGUAAUGUCGUUUCUCAAAAGACUAGCCAAAACUCUUAUGGCAACGGUUCGAAGCAAAAAUGUAACCAACGAGAUAACAAAUACCUUCUUCGACAUCGUGCGUGGCGAAUCGAAUAAGGUGCAAGCCAAAGAAUCAAAAUGUCCGCCACAGAGAGAGCCAUACCGCAAACGGAAUACGAAAGCUAUAUAUUAUCGCACAAACUGCGCGAAGCCGUAUCCCAUUUGCGGUGUGAAGAUGAUGUCAUUGAAAUCUUGUAGACCGCAACGCACGUGGGCCUUAGAUGUGGAAAAGUGUUGUACCGCGCUCUGCAAGUGGGCUCAUCCGCGUUUCGAUGAUCUCUACUACAUGCCGGGCGAUAAUUUGAAUAAGAAAUAUCAACGCACAUGGGCCGAAUGUACGAGGUUUCGUGUGGCGCCAAAGGCGAUAUGUUGCCACCAGCAAACUAAAUAUAAGCCGCCAAAGCGUCGGAAACCACGUCGAGCUAUUCCGCUAUGUGACGAUAUGCAGACAUGCCGUUUAACACUGAUCUGCCGCAAUCAUUUGUCGAAACGUUGUCCAAAGCUCGUUUGGCCCGGCUGUAAGCCCGCGCGCGAACCACCAGACUGUCAUCUCAAGAGAAUUGAUUGUGGACCCAGAAAAUGCACACCUUACCCGAGUUUCUCGGACUGCUUGAAAGAUAAAGUGACAGCAUUGAAGCCGGUGGAAUGUAAUUGUCUUCGGAUAGAAGCGAGAUGCUGGCGUCACUAAGUAAUUGACUAACAGUGAAGUGUAUUGUGGAUGUUUUAGCGGUUUCGCAACUUUUACAGUUAUUGUCAACAGUAAUUUGCGCUGCAAUCAAAGUUUGAACACAAUUUUCGUCAAAUGUAUGUAUACAGUUUGGCUGAGAAAUUCGCCAGUUAUUGCUUUUUAAAAAACCAUUGAUGAUUUCAUAACCAUUUCAUCUAUGGUGUUUCAAAAACUAGUGACUGCCGCAGUUUGAAACUCUGUAUUAAUACGGGACGAAAAAUUCUAUGUUGAAAAUUUAAAAUGUCUUUUGUAAAGUAAAUCUGUAAUAGUCGCUUAAUUAACUGUAUAAAAAUUGUAAAAAGUUUUACGAAAAAUGUAAAAAAACUGUAA